GAAGCUGCUUUCAAGCUGUGGCAGCAGUUUAUUUAACCUUCCCUUCUGUAAUGAAAAUAUCUGUAAAACAGGCUGUCCUUGAAUAUAAGAAAUUUUAGGAGAAGGAGAAACAAUAUAAAGACUGAAGAUGAAAGUCAUAUUUAUUUGUGCCUGCUUAUUAGCAUUAUCAUUUGCUUUUCCAGACCCUCCCAGAAAUUCCAGAAGUGGAAAAGGUAUUAGGAGAAUUAUAAACAUGCCAUUAAAGCAACAACAACGGGUUGCCCAGUAUCCCCCAAGAAACCUAAGAGCUGGACGUGGCACUGGAACAUUUUCAAAUAUACCAGCAAAGCAACGACCACAAAUUUUCCAGAGACCUGCACAAUUAAUUCAAAAUGAAGAUGACUCAACUGAGCAGAAUGAGUCUGGAGAAACCAGAAGAAGGUUUCCUUUCAGAAUGAUUGCAGGACAGCUUCGGAGCAGACAGCGCCCUGACAUUAAGCGCUUGAGAAGCAGACUCAUGGCAAGAUUAAGAGCUGGACUUCGACCAGUUGCAAUUAGAAUGACAGUAGAUGCUUCACAAAAUGGCACUGCUUUGCAAAAUGAUACAAAGGGCAUAGAUACUGCUGCUGGAACUGGAAGAACCAAUGUUGAUGAUGAUGAUGACCCUGAAGAACUUGAAGAAGAUGAUAUUGAAAUUGAAGAAGAUGAUACUGAGAGUCCUACACAGACUAGUGGAAAUGGAGCAGCCUAUGUCGGAGAAGGCAGAGGUGACAGGUUUAGCAGGAACCAUGGCAAUAACAUUCAUUUAAGAAAGCUAUAUAGAAAAAGAAUUGGCAUCGGCAGUGGAGAUGGCAUGAGCAAUAUUGAUAUUAAUGGAGCCAGUGGCGAUUUUGGAGAAACUGGAAUCGAUACCAGUGGAGAUGGCCCUGGAAUUACCAAUGUUAAUGAAACAGAUGCAGCUGCUGAUAAAAAAAAGAAUGUUCAAGGGAAUGAUGAUGACAUUGAUGAUGAAAAUGAGACUGCAUCAAAGGAACGAAUGCCACAAGGGCAUAACAUUGGAGCAGAUGAUGAUAAUGAAUUUGAUCCAGAAGAUGAUGCAAAUGAAAAUGUUGAGGAGCUCGAGGAAAAUGAUAUUGACAUAGAGCCCACAACUACUUUAAGUGACUUAAACCUUGAAUUCUGGACCACUGAUAGCAGCUAUUUACAGACUGAUUAUAUUAUAUACAGUGAACUUCAUACUACAGACAGCAGCCCUCUACAAACACACAAUGCAGUAGACGCUGAACAUCAAAGUAUAGACAGAACCCCCUUACGAGAUGACAACAUUAUCAACACAAAAGAAAGCAGGAAAACUGUAAUUUCUGCAAAUGAUCAGAACACCAUCAAAUAUUCAGAGAAUGAUGUAGACAGUUUUUUCAUUGACAAAAAUAGACACAAUUAUUUAAAAAGUAACAGCAGUGUGCAGGGUGUAAAAAGUGACAAUAUCACAUCAGUCCUUAAGACUCAUCAGUUAAUCACUAAAAUACAGAAAUAACUAUUUAAUCUAUACCAGCUUGAGUUCAAUUCACUGAUUCAUAUUGGCAAGAUGCAUUCUUAUCUGAAAAUGCUAUCUGAAACAUAUCUCACUGGACACAUAUAUUGCUGAAUAUACAAAUCCCUAAAACUCACAAAUAUAUAUGGUUGCAUAACCUACCACCAGACCCUCCACUCAUAUAAUUCGCUGCAAUGAAAAACACACAAAGCAAGCAUUUCUGGAUGUUCCUUAUUCAUUAUCAGCCAUAAGGUCUCUAUAUCACAGGCCAAGAGAAUCAGUAAUGCCAUCCAAGUACACUUCUCACGUAUUACAUAACUUCCUAGUAUCAUUCUAGAUCACCUCUGUUAUUCAUCAUUUCACAUGCAUGCAAACAGGGAAACUCUUGCCCCUCAGUAUACAGAUUUCCAGUCAUUUCAUAUAUGUGCAAACAUCUAUAGAUAACACACAGAAACUCCUUCUCCUCAGAAAUUCAUGUUUAUGAGGGCAAUUUUUACAAUCUUUUUUUUUUUUUUUUUUUUUUUGCAGGAGCAGAAGAAUCCCCUACACAACCAAUGUGAGGGGAGACCCCCACACACCAUGUACUGUAUAUAAACCUCCUCCAAGAUUGUACAAUAGUGGGGAAAAGGGCAACCUCAAAGAUCAGUUAAACGUAUUUUUAGCAAUAUGGAUUGAUCAAUGGCAUUCAGUAUAAAUACCUUUGGCAGUAAGACUGCAUCCCCUCCCCCAGCAUCCCUAGUAUUGAUCAAACUUAACAUGAUUUCAUUAAUAUAGUACAAAAGGAAUUUGUAUAACAAUGAUAUAGUCACCACACAGUAUCCUGACCCCAGUAUUUAAACAGUAAUCUCAUUUAUGACUUCCUAAGGCAUAGUCACUCUUGUCCCCUGUACCUUACAUGGCAUCUGGUAAUAAGAACAAAUGCACUUUUGACCAGCUGUGAUUCAAACAUUAUUUUUGUGAAUAAAAUUUAAACUGAACAGUGCUGAUUUACUGAAUCAUUUUGCACCCAUCUAUACUAGUUAAUAAAAGUAUACUCAGCGCAUCCACUAAAUUAACACAAAAACAUUCAAUGGAGCAAUAACAAGUUGCUAGGAGAAAUACAUUGUAUGGAUAGUUGUGCGUCUUGGCUACCAUAUUUGUCAGAGAGGGGAAAGCAUAAAUGAAUAAUAACAUUAAAUAUUUCUUGCUGUAUGUUUUGAGCAUUUGGCAUUAUUGUCUAAGUAAUUUGAUUAAUAAAGAUGCAGCAAUACAUGGCUGAAAAGUAAAUAAAAACAAAAUAAAAACAGGCAUGACCAUUAUCCUUUAUAGUUUCACAUGAUAUUCAUGACAGCAAUUAUAAAAGAAGUUCACAAAUUAUAUUCUUAAAUGAAAGAAAGUGAAAAUACUUUAACUGUUAAAGUUUUAAUGGUUUCUUAAUGAUAGGUUUGGCCAACUUUAGAAAUUUCAACUUUGAGCAUUGCUCUAGAUUUUUUUCUGAGGAAAAAACAGAAUUUGAAAUGAAAAUUAAAUAACAUGGAAUACAGCUUAUUUUUUGUUUCAGAAACUUCAGAUAUCAACCUUUUGACUAAUGUAAAUUAUUACAAAUCUGCCUUAUUCUGAAAUAGCAAUAUAAUUCUGUACAAUAAACUGAAAUAACAUUAACACUUAACAACACAAUGAAAACUUAUCUCUCUGCAAAUUGGAAACUACAUUUCUUAAUACAGCUUAUAUAUAACAGCCAUUAAUGUUUUAACAGAUGAAGAUGAACGUACUUUCUUUCAAGGAUAUGGUAAUUGUGAUUCAUAAAAUAGUAUUAUAUUUUUUAGUAAAACAAAGAAUAAAAUAUAAAACUGAGGAAAAUGAUACGUCAAUAUAGUGAAAUUAGAAAGGUAUCUGCAACUGGAACUUCGAGAUUCCAUAUUAAAAAGCUUGCAACUUUAAAAAAUUAAGUAUGAUUAUCUCAUAAAUAUAUACUGUGAAACUUGGCUGUUCUACAUUAAAUGCAUUUUUUUGCAGUGGGACAACCUGCCUCCCCCUGCACUACUAACAUGGGAGUUCAUCUCUAUGUUCCCCUUUAUAUAUACUAACUCUGAGUUUGUUACACUUUGAAAUUCUUAGAGACACAGCAGUUUUGGACUUAGUGCAUAUUUUUCCCAAAUCACUCUUAAAUUUUCAGUAUGACAAGUAAUAGGUGCAAAUCCACUUUUACUUAUGAAAAUGAGUUAUACAUAUUUGUUUAACUGAUGGAUUUGACCAUAAAAUCAUUGUUUUUCAAUCAGAAAAGGUGAGUAAAUCCAUGUUUAUAGAGAUGAUACGCAUUUCUAAAUCAUUCAUUCAUAGUAAUUCCUCAGGCAAUGAACAUGUAUAAUAAUUUUCUCUUGUAAAUUUUUUUUCUGCUAAUUUCAGGUAUGACAUAAUACUGAAAGAGUGCAGUAAAACUUGAUGCAUUAAAUACAGAUUACUUUCCAGAAGAGCAAAGUGUAUAUGGUAUGAUCCCCCAUCAGAAAGCACAUAUAUUUUACCUUUUCACAUUUGUAAACUAUAAAACCACUACUGUUUUGGGAGAGAAGUAAUAUAUUAAAUGGCAUUGCUUUGAAUUCUAAGUGAAUAAGCUGUGAGAAAUUUUUGAAAGUACUAAUUUUCACAUUGUAGCUUGGCAAUUUACCAGGGUGAAGGUAAAGAAUGAUAUAUCUGUUAAUGUUAAGUGAAAUUGGAAGAAGUGCUAGUUUAUUUAAAAAAACAAACAAAGAUAAAACCCUUUCACUAUGAGUUCACUGCAUAUUAGCCUCAGAGUAAUAACUUUACAAUUUGUAGGGAUCUAAAUAUGUGGUGAUCUCAGAAAGAAGGCUUCCUUUUCACAUUAGUGAGAACUGUUUAAACUGGUAGGUACAUGAGUGCAGCCCUUGAAAUAAAUUAAUAACUAUGUAUAUACACAUAAAUAUAUAUAAGAAACAGGAAUACUCUAGUUCUGUGUUUGUCAUAGCCUGACUUCUCUUUUACAUAGUCAUUUGGGGAAGUUAAAAUUGCUAAAGUGAGAUUCAUACUCAGUUCAAUUGACUGGCAGAGAACCUAAAAUAACUAGUACUAAUGAGAAAGAAUAGUUUUCUGCAUCCUUAAAGCUGAAAAUAUUAGUUAUCUUAAGAGACAGUGACCUUGAGGAAAGUCAUGGAAUAGGGAGAGCAAGUACUAACAAUGUACUUGUCAAAUUGUACUAUAAAUAAUUUUACUAUUGUUCAUUAGCUUAUGGUGCAUAUUCAUUCUUUCAAAGUAUAUGGAUGAAGAUAGGUAAAAUAUAUAUUAAAGACACCGCUUUUGACACAUUAUUGAUUAUGUCAGUGAUGUGAGUGGAAGAUAUUUAAUUAUAUAUCUGCUACUAUAAAAAAAUAAAUAUUUUGUAACACAAAAUUUCUUUAUAAAAGGGAAGCAAAGUGUUUUUAUUUAAGAUGCAUGUAUACUUACAAACCUACUUUCUGUUCUCAGUGUGAAAGUUUGAUAAAAAUAAAAAAAAUGGUUAGCUAAUGACUGAUCUUUAUACAUUUCCUUAAAGGAAAACUAUUAUUUUUACAUAUUUAUGGAAUUUGGAAGAUAUUUUAUGCAUGCCAAUAGUUAGUUAAAAACCAUUCACUUUAAUGUUGUUUUAUGAACUUGAAUAUUGCAGAAUGCACUAACAAAACUAAUUAUAUAAAACUGCAAGAAUAUUAACAGUCUAUAUACACAGGUGAAUUAAAAAUACUUGGUUUUAAGAGUCAGUUUUUUUUCACAGGCUUAAUUGUGCUUUGCUUUCUGGAGCAAUUUAUAAAUGUUCAGGAAUUAGAAAGUUGUUAUAAUAUUUAUAUCAUUUUGUGAAAUGAUCAUAAUAAACAUUCAAAAAUGAAAAAAA